AUGUGGUGCGUGGCCGACACGGACGUCUUCCCGCUGCUGAUGUUGACACACCGCGCCAGGUGCUCAUUGUUAGCGGCGAGUCGCCCAGGGUGGUGGCCCAGAUCCGGUUCAAUAUUCGCCGCCGUUGUCGGGGUCGUGAGCGGGAAUGGAGCUCGAGACGCCGGUCCCGUAGCGCGGUGCUGCGUUAUCGCUCUCCCUCUUGGCCUAAUCUGCAUCAUCACCACCCCCCCCCACUCCACCUUCCGGCGUGCGUGGGAGUGUGCUUGGGGAGUGGCGUGGGAGCCUGCACGUGGUGGUGGGGCUGGUGGUGGUUGCUGGUGGUGGUGCCACGCGGGGAGAGAGUCGAGGAAGCGAAUUUCCUCAGACCCUGACCUUCAUGUCAGCCGGCUGCUCGAGCCGCCUGCCCGCGCGCACGAGGGGAGAGACAGAGAGACAGAGACAGAGAGGAUGGACUCAAAGGCGCUGCUGCUGCUGCUGCUGCUCUUCCUCGGGCUGCUUCUGCUGAGUCAGGCUUCAGGUUCACCCACCGGGUUUAGGACUUGCUCCUGCUGGGGGUUCGCUUCCAAGCACAAAGCCAGACACGUGCGGUGCGUAGAGAAGGGCAGAGGGGGAGCCAUCUGCAAGAAGCACGUGCUGGCCACAAUACCGAAGGGAAGCCAGCUGUGCCUGAAUCCUAAAUGGCACUGGGUCAAGAAGCUCAUCAAUAAAGUUGGGUACUGCUCGCAAUGAAGACUGCAAAGGCGUGGAUGGAAGGUUGAUUUUCGAGUGCAUCAGGGCAGAAGACCAAAGCAGAAAACUAUCAAGCGACGGUGGAUAAAGAAUGGUUACAUACGACCAAGCCUCUGUAUCGAACGUGCACAGUAUGAACCUCCGCAUCAGAGUCGAGCUAUCACUUUUCCUGUCGCUUCAACGCUUCCCGGGAGCAUAGACGAUUGAACCUCGCGGUACAGUACAACACUUCGAUUGGCUAUUCUGCUCACCGCUGCCCGACCACGUGGCCGCACUGGAGCCUGCAGCGCCUUCAGAAUCAGUAAAUGUAUAAUGCAGGAAUCCGAUGAGCUAUAAAGCUCUUUUUUUCCACGAUGCCCGCGUCUCCGUAGACUCAACCCCGCUGCUGAGCUGCCAACAGCUGACGAGGUUGGGCACUCCACUGUCUUUGGUUUGGGUUUGCACGGCCAGAAUCGCUCCCCUGUGGUUUAUUUUGUUCUCUCUUUAGAUGUUUCUAUUUAUGAAAGGCGAAGCGUGAAUUCUGCCCCUGUUCGUCGUUUCGAUGCGUCUGUCAAGCCACGUGUCACGUGUCUUCCAAUGACACGACGGCAAUAAUGAUGAUGAUGAGCGUUGUGGGUGAUAAUUGUGACGAUGAUAGCUGAUAGCUGCCGGUGAUAGUUGUGGAUGAUGAUUGACGAUUGUGGAUGAUGAUGGCUGAUGAUUGUGGAUGAUGAUGGCUGAUGAUUCUGGAUGAUG